UUCGGGUAGCGGUGGAUUAUAUCCUGGUGGAGGAGAUGGACGCCGACAACUGGGACUUGAGCGCGGUGGUGCGGAGUUGCCUGUCUUCAGCGGACGCGGCGCCGUCCACUAGGGACCCUCUGUGGGUGUUUCCAUGGCCAUUGGAGCAGCUUCGGGUGGUGGAGGACCGGAAAGAUGGCGCCUUUAUGAAUUCAUCUGAAGUAUUCAAACGCCGGAGGGGGUUGAUAGGGAUCCCCGAAGUCCAGCCAUUGCCGGGCAAGAAAGUUGGCUCUUUAUCGCCUCUCUACGCCUCUGUGCUACUGGACACGGCCACAGCGGAGUCAAAUCAACCCCUACUCUGCCGGAAAGAAGACCGGCCAGUUUCCCAAACUCCCCGCUCCAGGCGAAAGAAGAACAAACAGAAGAAGGUGGUACACCACGUCGCCGCCGACGGGCUCUCCUCCGACAUGUGGGCGUGGCGGAAAUACGGACAGAAGCCCAUCAAAGGGUCCCCUUAUCCACGGGGAUACUACCGCUGUAGCAGCUCCAAAGGCUGCGCCGCUCGGAAGCAGGUGGAGAGGAGCCGGACGGAUCCGGCGGUAUUCAUUGUCACCUACACCAGCGAGCACAAACACCCUAUGCCCACCCGUCGGAACUCCCUCGCCGGAAGCACCCGCCCCAAGCUUCCCUCCACCUCCACUGGCAACCGGGAAGUAAGUCCUCUUCCCUCGACCGCCAUGCCUGAGCUCUUCCCCGCCACGCGUCUCUCCGACUCCAUCCCCGAACUGCUUUUGGAUGACAUGGAGAUGAUGGGCGAGGACGACUUGCUAUUUAUGAGCUCGAAGCAGGGUGCCGGAUGGUCGCCGACGGGAGAUAUAGCAGCGUUAUUCUACGGCGACGGUUGCUUCGACGACCCCCUGUUUCCUCUAUCAUCGCUGUCAACGAAGGGCGAGUCCAGCAACACCACUACAGCUGCCGCCGAAGCUUUCUCUGGUUCUUAACAGAGAGAGAAGAAAGAUAGGCAUGUUCUUGUUUGGGAAAAUUUAGUAAAUAACUCAGAUAUACAUUUUUCUUUAAGCCUCAAUCUCUCUGCGUUUCUUACCUUUGUUGCUCGCUCUAUCAAAUUGCAAUAAGGUAAUUCCCUCAAGGUCGAUAAUCUUUGAGAUCGCCAAUCCCUUUAUUCCUCAACCUCCACCUCCUCAUUGAUUGUCUAUAGAUUCAACAUUAAGUAAAGGUUUGUUUCUAAAUUCUCUCACUAUCCUUCAUA